UAGAACUUAGGAGCUGAUUCUUUGGAGUAUUCGACCGCAACCUGUGUGUCCUCCCUUUCGCUUUCUCUUCUCUUCCUGGGCCGACAACACGUCUAUUUCUGUCGCUCAUUAAAGUACCCAUUUGCACCUUCGAUGCACCGCCUCCGACUCCUAUCUCUCGGCACUACAACUCACAACAUAUACAUAUUAAAAGAGUGUUGGCUGCACGGUAUCUAGGAAUGUGUUCAGGAGAAGUUACUCGUGGCGUCCUGAUGUCCUGCCUGGUGUGUGUGAUGUGUGUCUCCAUCUGGUUGGUUUUAAACCACAUGACACAUGACAAUGAAAGUCUGAAAGAAGAAUAUAAAGAAAAGUUGAGGAACACGGAGGUAAUAAUUGGACAGAUGAUCCAGAAGAGACGACUGACGAUUCAGGAUUUCAAACACUCACUGGAGCUCAGUAAGGAGGAGGCAGAGAGAGAGUUAAAGGGCUGUGUUGAGCUCUUCAGCUCUCUGAAGGAGUCUGUUGAGAGUCGGCAGGCUGAGAUCAUGGACACGAUCACAGAGAAGCAGAGAGAGACAGAGGAACAGGCUGAAGGCUUCAUCAAAGGUCUGGAACAGGACAUCUCUCAACUGACCAAGAGAAGCUCUGAGGUGGAGCAGCUCUCACGCUCUGAAGACCACCCCCAUCUCCUCAGAAGCUUCUCGUCAAUCAAUGCUAUUCCACACACCAAAUUAUUUACAGAUGUGCAUAUCUCCCUGCCUUUACAUGACGUCACUGUCAGGACUGGUUUGAAUAAACUCAGUAAAGAGGUGAAGAAGAUGUUCGCUCUGGCCUUUCUGAAGAGGUGCCAGCAGUAUGAGGUGGAUGUGACCCUCGACCCUCAAACAGCACAUCCUAAACUCAUCCUGUCUGAUGAUGGGAAACAAGUAACUCACGGUGAUGUGGAGAAGAAUCUCCCAGACAACCCAGAGAGAUUUGAUUCCUGUCCGUGUGUCUUUGCAAAGCAGAGUUUCUCCGCAGGGAGGUUUUACUUCAAGGUGACGGUGAGUGGGAAGACGAAGUGGGAUUUAGGCGUGGCCGGCGAGUCGAUCAGCAGGAAGGGCGUCAUCAGCCUGAGACCUCAGAAGGGCUGCUGGAUGAUAUCUCUGAGGAAUAAUAACGAUUAUUCUGCUCGAGCUGACCCUGCAGUCGGUCUCUCUCUGAGGUCUCGGCCUCAGGAGGUGGGCGUGUUCGUGGAUUACGACGAGGGUCUGGUCUCCUUUUAUGACGUUGACACUGCAGAUCUCAUCUACUCAUUCACUGGCUGCUCCUUCACUGAGAAACUCUUCCCUUUCUUCAGUCCCAGUCCUAAUCAUGGUGGUAAAAACUCUGCCCCUCUUAUAAUCUCACAGAUUGACUAGAACAGGACCAAUCAAAUUCGAUUUAUAUAUAGCACAAUAUCACUCUAACUUGUCACAGAGGACGCAAAGUGAAAAUUCGCCCCACGUUACUCGCACAAGAUUUACUUUAAAGAGUUAUCUCUGGUAGAUACUAUCAACAACAAAAUAAACAUGUACUUGAGUACUUGUACACGUGUCAUACAUCUAUUUACAUGUAUGUACAAGUAUCAAAAUGGUGCCAAAAUAUCUACACACUGAUAGCUGUUUGUAAAAACCAUGAAUUCAUGCUUUUGGCAAACGUGCUUCCAAGAUGGGAGCAAACUACUUUUUUUAUGUUUUCUGAAUGGAGAUCGGAUCGAUCAGGACAAGCUAAGCUAACACGUAGCUACUCCAUCCACACUCACAAUAACGUCAUAUAGACAGAAAUAAAGUAAGGAAUGCAUGUGUCAUAGAAAGUUUGUGGUUUGUACAUUUAUAAACGCUGCUGUUUGGUUUUCUGAUUCAAAACCGUCAGUGACGAGAGGCUGAGAUUCUCGUCACUGAUUGGCUCCGUAUUUCUCCCUUGAGUUGAAUAAAUUGAACUCUUGCGCCAGAGUGGAAUAAAGCGUCUA